GAGAGAGAGAUUUUAUGGUGGGGCAAAAAAAUAAAAAGAACCUCAGCAGACAUAAAAAACUUUUGGAUCCAUACAAUCCAUAUAAAUUACGAAAAAAAAAUUAUCUAUAUACUUUAAAAACAUACUGAAUAAUAAACGAUAGUUUAUUAACAAUUAUCUUUAUAAACAAAUAAAUUCAGUUGAUAUAUUUUGAUUAUUUGUAUACAAGCGUCUUUGAUAGAAUCGUCGUCAUCCAUAAUCAUCAUUAUUCAGCGAUAAAAAAAAAAAAUAUACAAGGAAACAAAAAAAAAAAAUAAAAAAAAAUGAAUCACACACAUCAUGGCUACGUUUGUGAGCUUAAAUAGUGUUAAACAUUGUUUUUGUUGGUAAAUUUUGUUUUUUUUUUUUUUUUUCUAGGGUGACCCCCACCCAUAUUUACAGCUGAUGUGAUAACCCAGACGCAUGUCACAGUUCCAUAGUGUCCAACAAAGAUCCAUUGUACAAGUGUAGAUCAAAAAAAAAAUUAUUAUAAAUAAGUGAAUGGAUCACAUACUUUUUUUAAUUUCCAUGUGUAUUUAUUAUCAUUUAUUUAUUUUUUAUUGUGCAAGUGUCUGAGUGACUGAUAAAACAUCAGUAAGUGACAGUUUUUUUUUUUUGUUUUUUUUUUGUUUUUAUUUAACUUUUUUUUUUUUUAAUCGUUAAUUAUUUUGAUGAUAUAUUUAAACAUUUCAUCUUUCAAGCUAUUGAUGUAAUUUAGUCAACUUUCACUGUGUGUGUUGUCAUUAAAAAAUCGAUUGUUAUCAUUGCUUUUUAAUUGGUUGAAAAGUCGGUGUAUGAGUAUCAGCUGAUUGACAUAAAAACGACAAAUAAAAAAAGAGUGAAUACAGUAAAAGUUUAUAUAAACAAAAAUAAAUAUAAUUAUCAAUUUUUAAAUAGUGUUUAUUUAAUAAUAAUUAAAUUAAAGUGAAAAAUAAAAGAUAAAAAAAAAAGUAUUUGAUAUUUUAAAGUUAAACGUGGUAUGGUAUACCUGACAGGUUCUUGGGGUAUGGGAGAGACUGGUCCACAAUGUCUCAGUACCAACACGUCCCCAGUCUCUUCAACCUCAACAACAACAUCAACAACUUCAUCUGCUAUUGCAGGAUUUCGUCAGGAACACGACGAAGAAGUUGCACUUCAUCCACUCAAUAAUCAGGUUGGAGGACAUACACGUUUGUUACUUCUCAAUCAAAAUACAAUAUGCAAACCAUUAAAUCGAAGGGAGCUUGAUUUUUAUCGAAACAUUCCUCAAGAUAUACACAUGUUUGUUCCACAAUUUAAGGGUGUUAUUCAGGCCUCCAGUAGUUGUGGUGAAGUUGAGAAACGUUACAGUCCAAGUUUCAGAGAUCCAGAUCAGUCAACAAAAUCAUCUGUUGGCAAAGCAUCAUCAAAACGUAAACGUGAUGAUGUGCUUAGAAUGAAGAUACAUAGAAAAAAUAGUACAAUUGAUGUACUUAAACCAGGAACACAUUUGGAUAAUGGAACGUCUAAACAAUAUUUUUUGUUAUUGGAAAAUAUAACAUCACAAUAUACACAUCCUUGUAUUUUGGAUUUAAAAAUGGGUACAAGACAACACGGUGAUGAUGCAUCAGCUGAAAAAAGAAGUAAACAAAUUGCAAAAUGUGCAGCAAGUACAUCUGCAUCACUGGGAGUUAGAUUAUGCGGAAUGCAGGUUUAUCAAUCAGAUACUGAUCAUUAUGCUAAGCGAGAUAAAUAUUGGGGAAGAGAAUUAAAUGAAGAAGGAUUUAAGGGUGCAUUAUAUCGUUUUUUUCAUAAUGGUUAUUGUCUUCGAACUCUUGUUAUACAACGUGUUAUUGCCCGAUUAGAAUUAUUACGUCGGGCAAUUGAAAGACAAAGCAGCUAUCGUUUUUAUUCGUGUUCAUUAUUAAUUGUUUAUGAAGGAUAUCAAAUAAAUGAUUUUACAAAUCGUUCAAGAUCACCAUUAACAACACUUGGUCUUGAAGAAGAAUCAAAUGAAUCAUCAAGUUUUAUUGAAAAUCUUGCACAAGAUUCAGAUGGUUAUUUAGAUGGUUCACAAAGUAAUGCAUCAAAUGAUUAUCAUUUAUGUAAUGAUGAAGUUAGUCAAUCAGCACUUCAUCGUGCAUUUGGUGAAGCAGCAGCACGUGGUGCUAAAAAUACAACUGGUUUUUAUCCAAUAAAUGAAGAAACAGUAUUUAUGGAUCCACCAAGUGAUUUAUUAAAUGCAACUGUUGUACCAAGUCAAGCAUAUGAUAAUUGGAUUGGUUCAACAUUUAAUGGUACUAGUAGUAAUAGUAAUAACAGUAAUAAUAGUAAUAAUAGUAAUCAUAAUAAUAAUAAUACAAAUAAAAAUACAAAUAUUAGUGAUGUUAGUGAUUCAAGUAGUAGUAGUAAUAGUAGUGGAAGUGGUGAUGAAUAUUGUUGUGUUGGACAACAUACAAUAACAAAUUCUGAUGAUAUUAGUUCGGAUCUUGAUAUUGGUGGUAAAUGUACAUUAAAACGUACACGUUCACGUCACAGAUUAAGAUUAUAUGAUAAUGAAGAUCAUAAAGAAGAUUUAAAAUGUUCAACAAAACGUUUAAGAGUUAAAAAUGAUACAGAAAUUGAUUCACAAGAUGAUGCACUUGUUGAUGUUAGAAUGAUUGAUUUUGCUCAUACAACAUUUGGUCAUAAUAUAACACCAAAUCCAUUAUUACCAUGUCAUUCAAAUUCUACAAUACAUCAAGGACCUGAUUGUGGUUUUUUAACUGGACUUGAUAGUUUAAAAAGACUAUUACUUGAAAUUCUUGCUGAAGGAUAAGUCAUUUUAUUAUUGAUUUUGUUUUUUUUUUAAAUAAUAAAAUGAUAAUUUUAAUCAUCAAAUUUAUUAUGUGAAUGAAAAAAUAAUAUCAUUUGAAGAAGAAAAAAUUAAUAGGAAAUAAUAUAAAUAGAAAUUAACAACAACAUAUCUAUUGAUUGAUUAUUUUGUGUGAUUGAUCUUUCGGCAAAUGAUAGUGUCAAUGGCAAGUAUAGAGGCUGCUUGGCGGCAGCAUCGAUUCAUCAAAUUUAUUGGCUUUUUGCCAUGUUCCACGUGCCAAUGUGGCCAUGAAGCGUAUUAAAAGAUUUUAUAAAAUAUAAUCUUUUAUUGUCGCAUACUAAAAAAACAAUGAACAAAAUGGAAAUUUAUUUAUAUUUUUUUCUCCAUUUUUAAUGUGUUCAUUAACAUCAUAAUUUUACAAUCACAUUAUUAUUGAUAUUAAUAUUAUUUUUUUUUAUUAUUUUUUUUUUUUUUUGCAUAAUUAUAUUUUAUUAAACAAACUUUUGUUAAUAAUAUUUUCAAAAUUAUUAUCGAAUUAAUAUUGUUAUAAAAAAAAAAAUUUGUAGAUUAAAUUUUAAUCCAAUCUUUGAUAGUAAAAAAAAAAUCAAAAACAACAAUUAAUAAUAAUUUAAUGGAAGGGAAAAAAAAAACAAUUUAAUUAUGUAAUUAAAAUUUUAAAAUAUAUAUUAAAGUAUUGACUCAUUGUAACGUAUUAAAGAUCACAUAUAUGUUCAAAUAUAAAACAGCAUUAUUGUUAGAUACAAAAAUGGCUUUAUAUUACAAAGAAAAAAAAAAAAAAAGCAUUGCCUAGUAUAAAAUAAUAGAAAUGUUUCUGAUUUAAGUUUAAUUGAAAAAAAAAAAAAACAAAUGUAUAUAGUGUAAAAAAGAAAAAAAUUAAAAAAACAAAAAAGAAAAGAAUACUAAUGAAAGAUAAUCAAUCGUUUAAGUGAUAAAAUGUAUAAAAGAAAAAUAGAUUUAAUUUUUAUUUACUAGAAUAUAUAUAUUUAAAAAAUAUAUGAAUGUAUCAUAAAAUUUAAAUACAAAGAAAAAAAGAGAUGAUAAACAAAGAGCUAUAAUUUGCGGACAAAGUGCAACAAAAAAAUAAAGUUUUUAAAAGAAUGAAUGAAAGAAAGAAAAUAAAAAAAGAUUGUAACGAAUGCUUGAAAUAGAAUUAUAAGUAAUACAAAAAUUUAAGUAUGUAAAAUUAAUAAUAGUUAUAAUAAUAAUAUUAGAAUAAUUAUAAUAAAAUAAACAAAGAAAAGAAAGCAUUUGAGGUCAUAGAACCACAGCCAAAUGUAUAUUUGUUGAAGGCGAUAAAUGUGCAAACGCACACAUGCUUUUUACUGCAUGUAUUAUAAAUGUUAAAUUUAAAGAAAAAGAAAAAAAAAAAAAUUACAAAUAUUAUUAUUAUAUUUGCUUUGUUUUUAUUAUUAAAAAAAAUGUGUUCGAAUUGUGAAUUGUUGUAUUAAAUAACAACAAGCACUAAUUUGUUGCCUAAAAAAAUAUAUUUGUUAAUGAGUCAAAAAAAAAAAAUAGAAUAAUACAAACAUACAAUAAUUGGAUACGUAAAUAUAAGAGAAGAAAAAAAAUAAAAAUCAUUAAAAAGAUCCAAUGCUAAAUGAUUGAGAUGAAUGAGAGAAAAAACAAUUUGUAAAUGUGUAAGAAAUGUAUAAUGUAAUCUAAUGUUCAAUACAAUAAAUAUCUUUGUCCGUUAAAUAAGGGAGUGACUUAUAUUUAUUUUUGUAAUAUAU